AAAAAAAGCUUCAGAGAAAAAUAAUGGUGCUUGAACAUUUCAGUCAUGUGCAUCCUUUGUAUAUCGUAUAUUUGUCUUUUUCGCCACGCUUUUGUAAUAUGUGCAAUCGCACAAUAGAAAAGGGUUUAGAUUGCUACUGGUGCCGCCUGUGCAGAUAUUACCUCCACCAAGAAUGUGCAAAACUGCCGGAACACAUCGACCACUCAUUCCAUCCUCUUCAUGGUCUGAAGCUCACAAAGAGAUCAUUAAACGACACUUGUCGCUGCUAUUACUGUGAGAAGCCCCUCGAAAAUGAUGAAUAUCUUUAUGCAUGUGACAAAAUGUGCUCCGAUUUCUUCAUGCAUAUGACAUGUGCUAUGAUCCCACUUCCAACCAUAACAUCCAAUGUUGAUGGCUGCAAAGAUCACGAUGUCGCUCAAUUUGCCUGCCAUCAACGCCCGAUGACACUGAUGGAUCAUGGGCAUCAUCUUAGCAAUAAAAGAGCGGCUAAAUGCUUUGGAUGUCAAUCAAACUGGUCGGGUCCAGCCUAUUCUUGCAUCUCCGAAAACUGUGAGAAUUUUCUGCAUAAAUCAUGCGGAGAGCUGCCUCAGAAAAUUCAACACGCCGUUCAUUCGCCCCAUUCUCUCAUACUACAGAUUCUGAAGGCAAUCAAGGGAGAGACAAAAGAUAUAGAGCUCAAGAUCCUAAGAGAGACCCGAUGGGAUAAUUUGUUGAAGAUAGAAUCAAUGGAUCAUCAAUUGAAGGAAAAUUCAAGUGAAUCGACCCUCAAAGAAAUAAGAGAUAUGCUUACAGAACCAGAAAAUGAGAUGUUGCUUGAUCCCUUUGGUUUUAAAAACCCAUCAGAUAAGGUUUUCCGAAGCAAUUCAUAUAAGGAAUAUAGACGUUUCAAUUCUCGCUUCGAUCGCGAAGGAUCGAUUGAAGAUAUUGAUAGAAUUAAACAAUUUUUCUAUUUUGAGAGAAAGAAUAUUUUUAGGAGAAUUUUUGAACGUUUCAGAGAGAUGGAUGAUUUCGAAAUGUUCCUAGAAGAGCUUCGUUAUUUCACACCUGAAGAAGGUCUAUUGAAAUUAUUAGAUGACAAGUAUUUAAGACAAAAGGUAGAGGAUGUGGAUGGUUACAUGGUACCAAACACAUUGGCUCCGAUUUUAAAAACGUUGCUUGGCAAGUACGGAAAAGAUCUUGUUGGCAGGGAAAAUUUGACAUCGGCAAUGAAGAGCAUCGCCUCGACUAUGUUGUGUAUCGUCGUCGACAAAAUGUGCAAUACUUCGGUCGAAGACAUCACAAAGGAUGAUCUUAGGCACUUGUAUUUCUACCUAACCGGAAUUCAAGAGGUUACAGGCUUCACACUUACUCGAUACUUGGAUUCUUUUGAUGAGAUACUGGAAGCCUUUCUUGGUUUUGAAGCAACGAGAUUUGAAAAAGGCAUCCGUGAAAAGCUCGAAGCUGAGAUGGAGAGAUGCAGGAGGAAUCUUGAGAAGCUCGAAGUGUAUACAUCUGAUAUGUCAAAUUUCAUGCAGAAUUGCUCAAGAAAAGCAUCAGAGUGGAAGCAGAAGAACUGGGGUGACAAGUGGUUCUAA